AAAAAAAAAGAAAAAGAAAGGACUAACAGGCAAUAGUUCCCUGUUUCAAUUUCUUACGGCUUUCAUUUCUAGCAAAAAAAAAUGACAGAUGCCACCAAUAAAUCAAGAACCAUAAUCUGCAUAGGAGACAUCCAUGGUUACCACAACAAACUCCUCAAUCUUUGGUCCAACCUCCAAUCUCAAAUCGACCCAGAAUGUUUCAACACCGCCACCGUCAUCUUCCUAGGUGACUACUGUGACCGUGGACCCGACACACGCAAAGUAAUGGAUUUCUUAAUCUCUUUGCCGAAGCAGUAUCCCAAUCAGAAGCAUGUCUUUUUGUCAGGAAACCAUGACUUUGCUUUCGCCGGGUUUGUCGGGGUGUUGCCGGGGGAGUUUGAAGCGAAGGACACUUGGCAAGAGUAUUUGGAUAUUGAGGAAAGAGAAGGGUGGUAUAAGGGAGAAGGGUAUGAAAAGAUGCAUUUGCAAGGGAGGAGAUGGGCUGGUUGGAUUAAGGCUAAGUUUAAUGCUGCCAAAGGGAUUGAGUACAAAGGUUCCAUAUAUGAUGCUGCUCCUACGUUUGAAUCUUAUGGAGUAUCUCAUGGAUCUUCUGAUUUGAUUAUGGCUGUUCCUGAAGAUCACAAGAAAUUUCUAGCUGAUAUGGUUUGGGUUCAUGAAGAGGAUGAUGUCUGUAUGGGGACAGAGGAAGGACUUAAACAUUGUAAAUUGAUUGCUGUACAUGCUGGUUUAGAGAGAGGUAAAAAUGUCCAAGAGCAGCUGGAAUUUUUGAAAGCCAGAGACAGCCGUGUGCCCAAGGUAACAGAUCUCAGCGGGAGGAAAGAUGUUUGGGAUAUCCCCAAGGAGCUAACUGAGACAAUUGUGGUAAGUGGUCACCAUGGGAAACUUCACAUAGAAGGUCUUAGGCUGAUUAUUGAUGAAGGCGGAGGAAUGGAGAGUAAUCCAGUGGCUGCAAUCGUGCUUCCUUCAAUGAAGAUAGUCCGUGACACGGAUAAUUUUUCUUAGUUUCAAGUUUCUAGAAGAUAGUCAUCAGAUAUCCACUUGCUUUCUGACUUCAACGAAGCAUAUGAUCCCUUGUUCUUGGGACAUUAAGUAUCUCCAAGCCGGUAGAAAUAAAAGUGAAUUUGGAUGCACUUAUUAGGUAAUUUUUCUUCUAAUCUGUUUACUAUAUCGUCAAUUUACAGAUUAUAUGGAAACCAAUUACUGGUUUUUAAAUUUCCUAAAUGGAUAAUUCUGCAAGUUGUCCAUUAUGUUAA